AUGACUGGCGUAGACUUUGCAGGCCCAUUUCCCAUCCGCGGUCUACCUGGCCAACCGGAAUCAAAAGCCUACAUUUGCCUCUUCACCUGUACCACUUCCCGUGCCAUUCAUCUCGAACUCGUAGAGGACCUCUCCACAGCUAAUUUCAUUUUAGGUUUCCGCAAUUUCAUCUCUCAUCAUUUUAAGCCCAAGAUGGUGAUUUCAGACAACGCCACUACCUUCGAGAGUGCCGCCCGCGUCCUCAAGAAGCUCUACGACAAUCCAGAAGUAACAAGAUAUUUUUCUGAUUGUCGAAUUGAAUGGCGUUUCAUACCAAAGCGCGCACCGUGGUACGGUGGGUUUUGGGAACGUCUCGUUGGACUCACAAAAAACGCCCUCAACAAGAUGCUAGGACGCACGAAGCUCAAGUUCAACGAAUUCUGGACCCUAAUUGCUGAAAUUGAGACCAUUUUAAACGACCGACCCUUAACGUACGUGUCAUCGGAUCUUAACGAGCCUCAAACGCUCACACCCUCUCAUCUUCUCUAUGGGGAUCGUUUAACGUCCCUUCCGUACGAUCCGUCUAUGGAAGAAGAACUGCUGGAUCUCACCUUUGGUGAGAAACCCUCUCACCUCCUGGAUAUCUUUUCCCGUCUUCAAAGGAUCCUGAAUUCAUUUCGGAAACGCUGGCAAAAGGAAUACUUGACUAGUCUUCGUGAAAGACACAAUGUGUCUAACAAACGAUUCGAGUCCACCGUCAAAGUUGGCGAUGUAGUUCUCGUCCACAACGAGAGCCCAAGACUGGAAUGGAAAUUAGCCGUAAUCGAAAAGCUAAUCAUCAGCCCAGAUGGGGAAGUUAGAGCCGCCGAGAUCCGCACAGCCAAUUAA